AUUGUAGGAAGUAAAAUUCAAACUAAAAUACAUGUAUCUGUAUAUCAUGUUUAGAUGUUUUAUGUUUUGUAUCAACAGAAAGAUAUGAAUUAAGUGAGGUCUGCGAAGGUACCUUUUAUGGAUGAGCCAUGUAUCUUCCGUUCCAUGAAUGAAAAUGGCCAACAAUACACAGGAAUGGAUUCAAGAGCAUAUUUGUCAUGAUCAUACCUUCUGGCUAGUUCUCUCAGGAUCUGGGGGCUGUGGUCUACUGAUUGGAAUGCUUUUCAUGGGUUUUGUAUGUUUCAAAUGGCUCAAGAGGACACCAAAGAAUUCUACAGAAGAAAAUUCAGGAUCGUCUAAGGGGACCUUUAAUUUUCAUGAAGACCAAGAAUUGUCUAGAAAACCUACAGAAUUUAAUGCAACUUCUAAUUUUUAUAUCCAUGACGUCACAGACACCUCCUCCAGUUCACAUUUUUACGAGAAUCAGAGACAUGGAAAAUCAGUGGACACAAAGUCAGAAGAGUCUGAUGAUGAUAUGGUAGAUGACUACAUCAAAAUGACUCAACCGAAAAAGAGUGUUCGUCGAACAAACUCUAAACAAUCUAAUCUGCCAAACAGACCCGGUGAUACAGCUAUGUAUGUAGCAAUGCAGUAAAACUAUAACCAAUUGCUGUAAUGCAUCGAUUCAUCCAUUAAGAAUUUUUAAAUGUUCAAUUAGUUGACACUUUGAACCAUUCACAACCAGAUUUUUUUUUCUGUGGAUCACCAUCAAUUUAUUUUUGACUAUGGUUAUCUCUUGACAACCAUAUAAAAAUCCUUAAAAUUCAUUCAUUGCUUUGGAGAAAAUUUGUGACGUAAUUUGCAUCGAAUAAAAUAAUAUCAUUAAAAAAUGUGCACUAACAGGAAGUGUUUGAUCAAUAUUGUGGAAAUCAUUAAAAUCAUUCAUUGCUUUGGAGAAUUUUUGUGACGUAACUGGCAGUAAAUGAAACAUUUAUGAAUAAUAUUUUUAAAGAAAUAAGUUUACUAACAGGAACCCAAUAGUUGGUAUUGAGGAAUGAUAAAUAAUAUCUA